AUGCGUGAAAUGGCACGGCGUAUUGCCACUGAGGAUUACGAGCGUGAAAAGCAACACCAGGCCAAUCUGACUGCUCUGAGCGCAAUCGGACCGCAACGUAAACGGCGCUUUGAUACAGCAGAUGAUUCUGGAAACGUGCUACUCACCGAUUCGAGCACUGGCUUGUUGGCCAACCGCGAUUCACUGGGUACUUCCGGUUCUGGUCAUAGCCGUUUAUCCCUGGUCAGUGCGAGUCGACUCAGUCUGCUCGGUUCAGGCCAGACCGGGGUCGGUGGUACUCUCCUAACUCAAUCCGGUGGCCCCGAUUCCGGUCAGAGUGGGUUGUUUUCCUCCUCGAAUGCUCUUUCCUCGGGUGAGCUAGGUACUACUAGCGGUACCGGAACAAACUCUUUCUCUUUGGCCCACUCGUCCCGUGUGCAUCGAGCCAAUUUGAAAGAUGUUCAGCUGGUAUUGUUCCGUACACCCCGAUUGCGUCGAACGCGUGCAUUCUAUCGGACACAUUGGCGACCGUAG